CUUCCAGCCCGGAUUGGAAGCGUGAUUGACAUUGUGUGUGUUGACAUCAGCCGCUGGGUGGAGAGCAGACCACCGACUCUUGGACCGACCCGAACCCGAGCCUCUCAUUUUACUCAGUAACAUUUAUAAAUGACGGAGGCUUUUUAGUCGUGCGCUCAUCGAGUAUUUGUCCUCCAAACCAUGACCAAGGAGCUCUGCAGAGUGUCACGGCUCUGUUUGAGACCUAUACAUCCGUGUGUCAGAUCACCACAUUUGAGCGGCUCACUUCACCAGACGAGCCGAUCCUUCAGUUCACUCAGAGAAGGGAAGCGAAGAGGCUUGUUAUGGAAGACCCUUGUUGGCCUCUCUGUGGGCGUGCCUGCAGUGCUCGGCAUAAAGUACGCUGUCUCAGAACCAAGAGAGAGGAGGAAGAUGAGGAUCGUGAUUGAAGGAUUCCAUCGCUUCUGCAGAUCACUGUCUGUUGGAAUCGUCAUUUCUGUGGAUUACUGGUGGACCACCAAUGUGUCUGUUCGUGGCCUGGAUGAGAGUAGCCCAUCCUACAUGGAGGCCAUGUCAGGCUGCCAUCAGAGAGCAGCCGACUCCAUCGUCGAAGGAGCCAUAAAAAACGGAGGGAUCUAUAUCAAACUGGGCCAGGGGCUGUGUUCCUUCAACCACCUCCUGCCGCCUGAGUACAUCAACACCCUGCAGGUGCUUGAAGACAAAGCGUUGGACCGGCGGUAUAAAGAGGUGGAUGCCCUUUUCCAGGAGGACUUCAACACAAGUCCUCUGCAGCUUUUUAAGACCUUUGACUACGAGCCUUUAGCCGCCGCUAGCUUGGCUCAAGUACACCGGGCAGAGCUAUUUGAUGGGACCAGUGUAGCAGUGAAGGUGCAGUAUAUUGACCUGAGGGAUCGCUUUGAUGGAGACGUCAGAACGUUGGAGAUCUUGCUGGAUAUCAUUAAGUUCAUGCACCCCACUUUUGGUUUCCGUUGGGUGCUCAAGGACUUGAAAGGGAGGCUAGCUCAAGAGCUGGACUUUGAGAAUGAAGCCAAGAACUCUGAGAGGUGCGCAGGGGAGCUAAAACAUUUUAAAUUCAUCGUUGUUCCUAAAGUGUUUUGGGAACAAACCAGCAAGAGAGUACUGACGGCAGAGUUCUGCCACGGCUGCAAAAUCAACGACGUGCAGGAAAUAAAAAGACAAGGCCUGAGUUUGAAAGACACUGCCGACAAACUAAUCCGAGUGUUUGCUGAGCAAAUAUUCUACACUGGGUUCAUCCAUGCUGAUCCACAUCCAGGAAAUGUUCUGGUUCGGCCCGGUGCUGACAACAAGGCGGAGCUGGUUCUGCUGGAUCAUGGCUUGUAUGAGUAUCUCAGUCAAAGCGAUCGAUCUGCACUCUGCAAACUCUGGAGGUCCAUGGUGCUACGAGACGAGGCGGCAAUGGAGAAGUACUCUCAUGCUCUUGGGGUGAAAGGUCAGGACACGUUGUGCCUUAUGAUACAGCAAAGUGUCAAGCCCAGUGUCAUUGCAGAGUACUUCCUGUUCUGUGAGAUGCUGCUGCAGCGACCCAUCAACAUGCAGCAGUUGGGGAUGUCCAACAUCCUGAGUCUGGAGGAGACGGCCUACAUGCGCCAAAUGGCCGUUGAGCGUUUCGGGAACAUCAUGCAGGUGCUGAAGUCCAUGCCUCGACCCAUGCUGCUGGUGUUCCGGAACAUCAACACAGUACGGAGCAUCAACAUCACGCUAGGAGCCCCAGUUGACCGCUACUUCAUGAUGGCGAAGAGUGCGGUCCGUGGCUGGGGGAAGAUCCAGGCAGAGAGUGGCAGUGUCCUGCAGAGGUUCUGGGUGACCCGCUGGAUUCUGUCGAGCUGGGAGAGCCUCAAAUUUGAGUUUGCACUCAGGUCACAGGUGGCAAUGAUGAACGUGACACGUUCGAUUUUGAACCUACUGUCUUACUUUGGAGUUGUGACUCUGGACCCAGAACUGUACGAGUACCUCAGGUAGUGCGUCCACGACACUAUGUUAUUGGAGCGGGUCAAAACCAGGAAGAUCACUUGACACUCACAAAUGGACCGACCUCAGAGAUUCAACACCGGCACUGCACGUCACGUCAUUUCAUUGAAGACUUCACACAUGGGCCGCUGCCUGUGUUUUUAUGUUAGGUUGGUGGAGCAACCUUUUAAUGCAAGUAUUUUAACUUCAUGAAUCAAUCCAUUACUUGAUGUUUUGUUGCAAUUAUGAUUAUUUGUCAAAUCGUCAUAAUAGGACAUUGUUCAAGUUUCCCAUGAUGAGUAAAUGGUUUUAAAAUGUGCCGUGCAUCUGUCUUUUAUU